AUGAGCCACAUACUGGUACUUCAUUUCACUUUUGUGUUAAGUGCAGCUGCUCUUCUUAACAACAGCACAAAUGGGUCACAGCCGUACAAGUUGAUCAUUGGCUUCCAGGCUCCCUGGAACAUGUCCUUCCCUUUUAGCGCCCUGCGCCUGGGCUCAGCCAUGCAGAUCGCCGUGGAGAAGGUGAACACAAAUCCCUCCUUCCUGGGCAACUUCAGUCUGGAUUUUGUGUACAUGGACACAGACUGUAAUCCCAAACUCUCCCUGGGAGGAUUCAUUCAUCAAGUCUGGAAACAAAAUGUGUCUGCACUCUUUGGUCCAGCGUGUCCAGGAGAGGCUGAGGUUACAGGUCUCAUUGCAUCGGCAUGGAACAUCCCCAUGUUUGGGUUUGUGGGACAAUCGUCCAAAACAGACAACAGUGUUAUCUAUGACUCCUACAUCAAGAUUGUGCCCCCUCUCAAAAGAAGCUCCGAGGUCUUGGUGAAGACGCUGGAGUUCUUCGGGUGGAAGCACGUGGGGAUUAUCGGAGGGGGGUUGGAAUCCAACACCUGGGACAAAGUGGACGCUUUGUGGAAAACGGUGGAGAAUCCACUGAGAGAGAAGUUCAAAGUAACCGCCGCGGUGCAGUUUGACACCAGCGAUCCUCAGCUGGUUUAUCGGAACGUGAAGUACAUCGCAACCGUUGCCCGGGUGAUUGUGGUGCUGUCGAACAGCGAGGACUCGAUGACUCUGCUGCUGGAGGCUGAGCGACAGGGACUCAUGAAUGGUGACUAUGUUUUCUUCCUGGUGCAGCAUUUUGAGGAUAACUUGUGGAAAUACGCCCUGAACAGCUCGAUGAACCAAGCUGCCCUGAGAGCAUUUGACAUGACCUUCAUCAUUGGCCAGAAAUCUUAUGAAGGCUACGAGUACUACGACUUCUUUGAACAAGUGUUUGAAAAACUGCGAGGACGCCCAUUCAGGAGCAACCUGACAUCUGCAAAACAGGUGAGCCCCUAUUCUGCCUACCUGCAUGACGCCGUGCUGCUCUAUGCAAUGGGACUGAAGGAGGUCCUCAAAGACGGGAAAGACCCUCAUGAUGGACGUCAGGUGCUUCAAACCCUGAAAAAGAAAAACAGCAUUCGCUUUUAUGGUGCCUCUGGAUUAGUCCACUUUGAUGAAGACGGAGAGAGAAAUGUGGACUAUUCCAUUUUAGACCUGCAGUACAGUGGAGACGUCAUUAAGUUUGUGCCCAUUCUCCAAUUUGACAGUCAGUCCAAAAAUAUCCGGCCAACACCUAUGUAUACUUCUGUGGUUUGGCCCAAAGGACGAGCUCCAGCUGAUAAACCAGAAUGUGGAUUCAACAACGAAUACUGUGAAUGGCUGAGUAAUGACGUCGUCCUGCUCACCCUCGUUGUGACCUUCCCGAUGAUUGGCGUGCUCGCCGUCCUCUGCAUCGGUCUCCUCACUCUGCAGAAGUCCCGCCUCCAGACCAAACUCGAUGACUCCUGCUGGUGGCUCAUACACUACAGCGACAUCACCAUCGUCAGGGAGCCCACAGGAAACCACGGUUUAUCUUUUAGCACCACAAAGAGUCAGAGUGGGAGUGGGGGCUCUCAGUCCAACUUCUCCAGCAACAGCUAUGGCCUGAAGGACAAAUCAGGGAGAGAGCACAUCUACGCCACCAUAGGACUCUACCAGGGGAAUCAAGUGGCUGUCAAGUACAUGAAGAACCACGGUGGUUGUAAUUUCCAGAAGCCUUCAAUUAUCAAAGAGUUCAGUGUGAUGAAAGAGAUGAAACAUGAGAAUUUGGUGCAGUUCUUCGGUGCAUGUGUCGAGCCUCCAAAUGUUUGCUUGGUCACGCAGUACUGCAAGAAAGGCAGUCUGAAGGAUGUUUUCAAGGCGUCUGAUAUUGAACUGGAUUGGAUGUUUAAGCUCUCUUUUGCUUAUGACAUUGUAAAUGGAAUGGAGUUCAUUCACAAGAGUAGCCUGAAAUUCCAUGGGAAUCUUAAACCCGACACGUGUCUGGUGGACAGUCGGCUACAGAUCAAACUCUCAGGAUUCGGACUGACGGAGUUUAGAAACAAGAUGACCACACAGGAAAACCCCCACUAUGAUGAGAUGUACUGGACAGCUCCUGAGCUCCUGAGAGUAUCUGGUACCCUGCCUAAUGGGACACCUAAAGGAGACAUCUACAGCUUUGCCAUCAUAAUGUGGGAGCUCAUGUACAACUCUAGGGCUGGACCGUACCAUGAAGUCAACCUAGAGCCCAAAGAGAUUAUCAUGCAGUUGCGGACACCUUACCAAGGGCAGCCCCUACGACCAGUGCUUUCUGAGCAGCUGUGUGACGAGAACAUCAACACACUGCUGAGGGCCUGCUGGAAUGAAAACCCAGACCACCGACCACCGUUUGGGUCAUUACGGAGGGAGCUGAGGGACAUCAGCCCUGACAGCCAUGCAAAUAUACUGGACAAUAUGGUGGAUAAGUUGGAGAAAUAUGCUAAUCACUUGGAGGACGUGGUGGAAGACAGGACCAAUCAGCUCACAGCAGAAAAGGCCCGUGCAGACAGGCUUCUCUCCAGCAUGUUGCCAAGGUACAUUGCAGAUCAGCUGAUGGCAGGGAAGUCAGUGGAGCCCCAAAGCUACGACCUGGUGACCAUUUUCUUCUCCGACAUAGUGGGUUUCACCUCCAUGUGCUCUGUGAGCUCUGCGAUGGAGGUGGUCACGUUCCUCAACGACCUCUACAGCCUCUUUGACGACAUUAUCAAGAUGUACGACGUCUACAAAGUGGAAACAAUUGGUGAUGCAUACAUGGUAGCCAGUGGUCUACCUAUCAGCAAUGGCUACAAGCACGCUCUGGAGAUAUCCACAAUGGCUCUACACUUCCUGAACGCCAUUAAAAACUUCCAAAUCCACCAUAUGCCAACUGAGAGUCUUGCAAUUCGCAUUGGCAUACACUCUGGUCCAGUGGUUGCAGGUGUCGUAGGCACCACGAUGCCUCGCUACUGUCUGUUCGGAGACACGGUGAACAUGGCUUCUCGGAUGGAAAGUAACAGCCUACCCAUGAAGAUUCACAUAUCUCAGUGCACUGCAGACAUUCUUAUCAAGGCUGGAUCAUACGAGCUGGAGGAAAGGGGUGAAAUCGAAAUGAAAGGUAAAGGGGCUCAUAAGACCUACUGGCUGCUGAGUAAAGAAGCGUUCAAUCCUCCUCCUAUAGCUCACAGCUCUCCACCAGCUGACCGUCUAAAACUGCAGCCAGAGAAACCCGCCAUGACCAGAGCUUCUGAGAAAAAGGUCCCAAAAAUCGUGACCAAAGGUCUCAUUACUGAGACCAUGAUGCCUAAAGUGCACAUUUGAAGAGACCAGGGAUGGUGUGACCAUAUAUUUUGGAUAAAUUAGCAGGAAGGUCUGGAAAUGUCCAUUCCACAGGUCUCACAUAAUGCACAAGCUUUUGAGUGGGACUGCAUGGAGACGAAAUGUGGACAAAGGCCUUUGGUAAUGAUGCAAAACACUGAUAUAAGGAUGCUUAUUUAUUUGUGAGGAAUGAUGGUUUUAUUUUUUUAUUGUGAUUUAGUCACAAAUUAAUAAAUAAGCUGAGUCAGAACCACACGGGUGGUAGCAGUUAUAUUAUUCACACAACACUGUAUGAAAAAUCUAAAUCUAUAUUUGUAUUAGGGAGAGAUUAUCAACAUUAACAAAUAUACAUCAGACUGUUUCUGUCCUCUGUCCUGUGAUAGUGGCUUCUACCCUUCCAUCACUUUGGAUUAAUGUUAUUUUGUUUACAGGAAGAUUAAAGAGAUAAAUGAAUAUUAUGCAUGGGGCGCAGGAUUAGUCCUUGAAAAAAGGACUUUUAUUUCACUUUGUCUUUGUAUUCAUGUCAUGUUUGGGUCAGUGUGCAGUCAGCCUUAUUUGAAAACUUUAGAUUUUUAUCACAAAUAUAACUUGUAGAAAAUGUCUUAACUUUGGCUGAUCACUACUUUUAAUCCUUUUAAUUCCAAGGACAUCUGGAGGAGUGAGUAUAUUCACAUGCAUCAUAUUAUUUUACCGUCAGUGCAAUAGAAUAGACCAAAGUAUGAGACGUGGGAACUGUUGUUACUAUACUGUUGUUGAGAUUGUGUUUAUUCAUUC